AUGCGCCUGCCGCGGAAACCCAUACACAGCGCUCAACCAGCAGGAAGCCGGCCAUCCAAACUCCACCGCAAGGCGAGCCUAGUGCCGGGUAUAGCAAUUGUAUUUAAGCUACGAAGUAGCCAUGUCCUCCUGAACGACAACCCGGCGCACUACUUCCAGUACGAUGUCUACGACGACUCAGAAAGCACUCCUAAUGCCCACCCCGGCGGUUUGUACACCGUUGGCGAAGUAGAAGUCCCCCACCCUGGCCCCAACGACGUUCUGGUCAAAAUCCAUGUGGCCGCACUGAACCCUGGCGAUUGGAAGGUCACCCUUCCGGAAUACAUGUCCCUCGGCUGGGGCCCUGGCUAUCCAUUUACCCCAGGCACCGACGGUGCGGGUGUAGUCGUCGAGGUCGGCGCCGAGGUCUCGAACUUCAAGAAGGGCGACCGCGUGCUCUUCCAAGGAUGCCGGGCGAAGAGCGGGUUCACCACGUUCCAGGAGCACAGCCUCGUUCGCGCACCGCUCCUCGCAAAGAUCCCCGACGGCAUCAGCUUUGACGCCGCGGCGACUGUCCCCUCAGGCCUGGGAAGCGUCGUGCUCGCGCUGUACAACCAGGAGAGCGAGCAAGAAAGCCUUGGCCUGAAGCCGUUCUGGAGCGAAGGUGGAAGCAUCGCCUAUGCCGGGAAACCCAUCUUCAUCCUCGGCGGCGCGACCUGCCUCGGGCAGUAUGCCAUUCAGCUCGCGAAGCUCUCCGGGUUCAGCCCGAUCAUCACCACCGCGUCCGCGCGCAACACCGCGCUGCUCACUUCUCUUGGUGCAACGCACGUCGUCGACCGCACGCACGCCGCGGAGACGAUCCUGGAAGACCUGCCGACGCUGACCGGCGAUAAGGCCAUCGACGUGGUCUUCGAUGCCGUCUCGGACACCAACACGCAGGCCCUCGCGUACAGGGCCCUCGGACCCGGAGGCAUAGGGCUCAUGGUCGUUUUGCCCGACGCCAUUCCGGCGGAGCUGAAGAAAGACGGGCCGCAGAAGCGCGUCGCGAUGGUGCGCGGGAGUUUGUACCAAACGCACACGCACGCGAUUGCGGUGGAGAUGUUCGAGCGGGUAACAAGUUGGCUCGAGGAGGGGCUUAUUAAGCCAAAUGAGUUCGAGGUCUUGCCAAAUGGACUCGCGGGCAUAACUGCGGGGCUGGAGCGGCUGAAGAGCGGAGCGGUCAGCGCUAAGAAGCUCGUCGUGCGCCCGCAGGAAACUCCUUAA